GACACUCUCAGAAGGGAACACGAGGAUCUGAAAAAGAAGUUUGAGGCCUCCAAAGCCAGGAACCGAUCUCUGUCCAAUGAUCUGAAGACCCAAAAGUUGCAAAUGACGACGCUGCUGGAUAAAGGGAAGCAUGACGAUGAACUCAUAGACGCCCUGCUGGUCCAGCAGAAGAAUAUGCAGGAGAUCCUCACCAACCUGAGCAAGCAGGAGCAGAAACAGCAAGACUCGCAGCAAUCCCUGAGCCUGCACCUGAACAACGAGAACCAGAAGCAGAACUCGCUGGUCAAUCAGCUGAAACUGAUGGUGGUGGAGAGGGAGGCCAAGGUGAAAGAGCUGGAGGUGGAAAUCCAGCAACUGACCACCAAGAGUUCCCCUAGAAGGCCGUCCAGUAUGAAGAUUUUAGGAGCUGAUGAGUCGCUAGAUGGGGUCAGGAUGGACAAGCGGCUUCCAGGGCGGUCCCUGUCUGACAUCGGAGACCACAUGGGCUCAGUCGCCUCAGCUAGCAGGACAGUCUCCAAACUGGGUCACGAGCUCGUAGAGGCCGCAGAUUCCUCGUCUCCGGGCUUCACUAUGGCUUCUUCAUCUGGAAGCUCGGAGCUGCGGGUGCAGACCGCGGAGUACAGAGCGCUGUGUCAGACCGCUGAGGUGGAAAGGGACCGGCUGAUGGAACUGGUGUCAGUUCUGCAGAGGAGGACGGAGGAGAGCAACAUGAAGGUCCUGGAAGCGGAGAAGAAGCUGCAGGAAGAGAGGCGACGCUGCGUUCAUCUAGAACAACAGCUGGAGAAGAUGAAGAUGGACGCUGCAAAAAAUGGCGGCACCCAAAAGAUGUCUGCUCGCGGCAAAGCCGGACAGUCGCUCAGCAACUCCCGACUCUUCCUGAAUAUCAAUGAAACCUCCGAUUUAUCCUCCAAUGUGCCGCUGGAGACGCAGCUCGAGGAACUCCGCACAAAGCUAGAAAUAAAAGUCGAUGAAAAUGAAGCUCUGAAAUCUGCUCUAAAAAGCGCCUUGAAAACGAAGGAGGACGACCUGAAACUCUACAAUGAGAUGAUGGUCCAGGUGAAGCAAAUCUUCCUACAAGCUCUGCGCCAGCACAAGCAGGAACGUGGCGCCCUCUAGUGUCUCUACACAGCUGCACCCGUGGCACACAGUGCAGCAUAUAGCAAAGAGUGUCUGGUUGGUGAUGAGCCACAUGCAGAGAACUUUCCACCAGUGGCCUCUCAGAAGGUUGUCAGCACAAUAGAAGCACUUUGGGUGUACCAUGUUUUCUGGAUAUCCCCUCAUCUGGCAUAUAUGGGCCUAGCAGACGCCAUCCAGCAGCAUCCCUUGAUGUGAUUGGAUAAAGAGCACACAAAGGAGAGAUCAAGCUUUGCCAGCCAACACAUGGGCUGCCCUCGCAUACCUGCUGCAGUUUUUUUACACUUUAUGCUCAAAUGCCGAGCCGUUCCCAACUGGAAAAACAUCAACACUUCCAGGGAGUUUAUUACAGCCUGUGUGGAUGCAGAAGAAGUUGCUGGACUCGGCCUCACCUGCUAGUAACUGCCGCUAUGCACAGUGAAGCUCAUAGCAGCCCCAGGAGAGACGUGCUUCAAUAAGGAAAUGUGACGUGUUUUUGUAUGUCUAGUUGUCCCAAUGAUACCAGUAGAGUCAGAGAAUGUUCUAAAGUAAGAAAUAUAUUACAUCUGAAUUCAUUCUGAUGUGAGGAUACGAAGAAACUCAGGUCAUUUUAUUUAAAAUGUGUAUAUAUUUAAAUAAAAAUAAAUAAAACA